AUGGCGAUGAGGUGGUUCAACGGUUUGAGGGUGAACUCUAUCGACUCCUUCAAGAAACUCACCCGGGCUUUUGGCGCUCGCUUUAUUACUUGUAGCAGGGUUCCUCGACCUCUAGGAUCCUUAUUGUUUAUGUCCAUGCGGGAGAGUGAGACUCUGAAGGCUUAUUCGGAUAAAUACUGGGAGAUGUUUAAUGAAAUAGAAGGAGAGUACGAUAAUGUGACCAUUAGCACUUUCAAGGCUGGCCUUCCAGCCGAGCAUGAUUUGAGGAAAUCUCUAACAGGUAAACCUGUUACUAGUGUACGCCAAUUGAUGGAUCGGAUUGAUAAAUACAGAAGGGUAGAAGAAGACCAACUGCCGGGAAAAGGAAAGGCUAAGGAUCAUGGGCACACAACUGAGGAUUGUAGAAAUUUAUGGGACCAUUUGGACCAGUUAGUUCGAGAAGGGAAGUUGAAGCAACUCUUGCAUCAUUCCAAUGAUCGGGCAAGCCAAGCGGGCUCAAAGCUUCGGGGAGAUGUUUCUUCAAGACUCCCCCUUGGCACAAUAAACGUUAUUUUUGCUGCCCCGGGAAGGGCUGGAUCUUGCCCUUCCAGGGUAAUGUUGGUAUCCCGUUCUCCAGCUGAGGAGUCUAGCUCAAUGCCUAAGAAAGCCAAGAUGGGCGCCCCGUUAGUGUUGGGUUUUUCAGAUAAGGAAAAAGUUGGAACCAUACAGCCCCAUAAUGAUGCUCUUGUGGUUACGUUGAGAUUUGGUGGGUACGACGUGAAAAUAGUGAUGAUUGACCAAGGCAAUGCUGCUGACAUAAUGUACCCUGACUUGUAUAGGGGGCUAAAUUUGAAACCUGAGAAAUUGACGGCCUACGGUUCUCCUCUGGUGAGUUUUGAGGGAAAAAUGUUCGUCCCUAAAGGCUCUGGAAAGUUCUUGGGCUACAUAGUGACUCACAGGGGAAUUGAGGUGAAUCCAGAUCAGAUUAAGGCUAUUAAUGGCUUACAAGCACCUUGA